UCUAAAAUUGUAUCCCAGACAGUCUGUUGAAGAGUUUGUUUAGAGCUUGAGUUAGGCUGAAGUAUUUCAGACAAUAAAGGCACGAUGUGUAUAAAUAGGCAAUGGAAAGUUUUGAGUGGUCUUACAGUAUCAGACACAAGGAGUGAAUGCAAUUAGUUUGGGCUGAGAACACAUUCAACAGGUUUGGCUGAACGGCUUGCUCUGAGGAUCACUACCUGUUGGCAUAGCACACACACCUCAGGACAGACUGGACAGUAAAGGCCACCUUCUUGGCCGACUCUUCUUGGGCUAGUGGCACAGAUAUCAGGGCCAUGCAAGCUCUCGAACCCUUUCCCACGAACUGAACAUUUUGAAGGGGGCCAUUCCUUCCAGAACACAGAUCUGGGUGAUGAUCUGGAUUUUUAUCCUGCUUUGAGGAUGGGGGCGUGGGCAGAGGGUAGCCCGGGCCAGUAGAAUGCCUGCUGGUCGUUCAGGCUGCUGUCUGCUCUGCGUGUGACAGUGUAGAGCCAGCCCAGGCCUGCCUUCUAUGGGGAGGAGGGAGCUGGGAACCGCAGACUGACUUCCCGUAACUCACAAACACGGGCGUCCAAUCAGAGCUCAGAUACUCAGAGCUCAGGGUUUGGCUGGAGGCCAGUGGGAUAAGAGCAAAGUAAGAGAAGUUAAGAGGCAGAGGAGAGGAGUCAGGGCGCUAAAGGAUUUUCCUUCGCUUGAAAGCCUGCUGUGAAAGCACUGGACAACGAGAAAGACUGAAAGCCAACCCUGAAGCUCAGUGCAGGAGGGAUGGAGGUGUGGAAGCAGAGGAUCGGGGGCUCCACUGUCCCCUUCAUGGAACCGCAGAAGGACCUCGAAGUCCCGUACAAGGGGUACCAGGGCCCCAGUGAGAAGAUCAUGCACUUCCAGCCCCCGCGCAAGAGGAAGGACAGCCUGCACCUGAGCGACAUUCCUUUCCCCCCACAGAUCACCCAGCUGAUAACCCGCGGCACCGCCAAGCACGUGGACCAGGCGCAGCAGGGCGAGGACAAGCUGUGCUGCGUGUCCAUCAUCGCCCAGGCCGAGUGUGAAGGAAAACAAGAAUUCAGCCCCACUUGCUCAGAGGGGCCUUUCAUCGGCUCGCCACACUGUUUCAGAUCUUCCCUAGACCACAAUAAUGUGGCCCGCACCACAGGCCAUGGAGAGGGCCACACAAGCAGGAGAAAGGAAAGGCGGAAAAGGAAAAGGCAGAGGCAGAGGGGAGAGAGGGAGAGACAGAGGAAGCCCUCCACAAUUCCUGAGCAGGAGAGCAGCUUCCACAGUUCUUUUCAAGCACAGGAGCAGGCCUCUGGGCCCAGUGUGUGUUACAGCAGCCCCAACAGUUCUGGGGUGCAGGAGACAGAGGUGCCCGGCUGGCCGAGGACCCCAGUCCUCGAGACAGCGCAGCCCUACAAGCUUCCAGACACCGCCCUCCUGCUCUUACAGCAGGGGAAGCUGUGGAAGGUCUCCCUGCUCCCGCCCAGGGGCUUGCAGAGCCUCGCGCUCUCGGAGGAUGGCCAGGAGUCGCCCCCAGACUCCCCCGACAGCAGCGCGGCGGGCUGCAGGCUGGCGGUGCAGGCCCUGCGGGGCAGCGUCAGCCUGGGGGAGCGCCCGUACAUGAAGCCCUUCUUCCAGGAGGUGAAGAGGGACGCGUGUGCCCAGGGGGAGGAGGGGCGAUGGGGCGAGGAGGAAAUAAACGAAGGCAUCCUACUGAACGAGAACCUGAAGCCACAGAAUUAUGGGUACAGGGAGGGCGAGGAGUACUCCAUCUGCAGCCACGUGCAGAACGGCUCGUUCGGAGAGGUGUAUCAAAUCCAGGACAAGAGCACAGGCUUCAAGUGCGCCGCCAAGAAGAUACUCCUGGACAACUUUAACUACGAGGAGGUGGGCUCGUGGAGUGCCCUUAACUCUCCUCAAAUCGUCCAGCUGUUCGGGGCCGUGAGAGAGGGAGGGUUCGUCACCCUCUUCAUGGAUCUCAAAUCCGGAUCUGUGGGCCAGCUCUUGAAAGAGAGGGGCCGUUUCCCAGAGGAUCGUGCCCUGCAUUAUCACAGCCAGGUCCUGGAGGCUUUGGUGCACCUGGAGAAAAGAAGAGUUCUUCACCGGGACAUCAAGGCUGACAACGUGCUGCUGUCAGAGAAUGGGGAGGAUGCUUUCCUGUGUGACUUUGGACACUCGGAGAGACUGGACUUCAAGGGACAGUAUCACAGAGCCGUUGUAGGAGAGGGGCUGCACGGCACGGAGACCCACAUGGCGCCGGAGGUGGUGCGCGGAGAGCCCUGCAGCGCCAAGGCAGACGUGUGGAGCAGCUGCUGCAUGAUGCUGCACAUGCUCAACGGCUGUCACCCCUGGACACGCUACUACACGCACCCGCUGUGCCUGAAGAUUGCGAACGAGCCCCCACCAGUGAACGAGAUCCCGCCCACCUGCAGCCCGUACACUGCUGAUGUCAUCAGGGCGGGGCUGGAGAAGGACCCCAGCAAAAGGGGUUCAGCUGCGGAACUGAAGAAGAAGGUGGACAAGGCCUUGGAAGAAGUGGGAGGACUCACCAGCCCUGUGAAAGGACCCUAUCAGGAACCGGCCAGUGCAAAGCCAGCGCUGGACAGUUGCAUGAACAAUGACCCACUGGAGCCUCUCCUAACCCCUCCCAGCCCCUUCCGCUCACAGCAGGAGCCCCUCAGAUUCAUGCCAGAGCACGAGGGCUCUUGGAGAAGAAAUGCCAAGGACAAGAAACAAGACAAACAAGAAGAGGAGUACAAGGAGGAGUUUGUGCCUGAGCUGCCAAAGUCCCUCUGUGCCCAGCCAGUCCCUCGCCCUGUACCCCAAAAACAAGAGUCCUGCACCACGACAGUGCCUAAGCAAGAGAUGCAGCAACUAGAGAGAGCCUUCCUAAUGACCAGCCUGUCCCAGGCCCACCCCCCCGAGCUGCAGGAGCAGCUGCUGUCCUGCCUGAGCAGCGACAGCUACUCCCACUGGGACCCCGGCGACAAGGACUCCGGGCGCUGGUCUCUCAGCGUGAGGGAUGACCUCAGUUCGGGGGUCUUCUCCUUUAAUAGCCAGACCGAUGGGCACAGCUUCAGCAUGGACACCUGGCUGGGCCCCAACUCUGAGCCCCCCAGCUGCUUCAAUGGCGUAGAUGUCUUGAUCCGGGAUUUUGAGGGGGAGUGGCUGCAAAUCCGGGAAGCUCCCAAGGUGAAGGUGGGGCACAUCGCCACCGGGAUCAGUGAGCAGAUCUCAGAGGCAGCCUUCAGCCUGGUGAUGUCGGAGGGAGACCCGGUCCACUACGAUGACGAGGUUUGCGACAGCGGGAUCAGGCUGUGCUGCGUCUCCGCGCCCGACUCUGGCCACGGCUGGAGCUGGCGUAUCAGGGACGGCGAGCUGGAGGUUCAAGAGUGAUCACACUGUCCCUCCCUUUGACUCUGCGCAACCCGCUCCCUGAUUUGUCCAGUGUACAUAGUUAACCCCUAAGCAUGAUCCUGUGGAGACUACCGAGCAAUCCUGCUGACAUCACUUCCUGAUGACGUAUCACUAUGGACAGUGUCCGCUCUGGCACGAUGUCGCCUGCCCUGCAGAUCCUUACUAAGCGAUGAAGGCAGGCCCAGGUCUUCACACGAACCCGAAGUGGCCGUGGUGGAUGACCUGGGCUCUCAGGCUGCUCCUGGGGAGAUGGAGGUCGACAGAUGCAAGAGAGAUGGAAGAGACGGGAGCCCCCGGAGUCCCUCGGCAGGCCAGGCCUCCAGAGCACGGCUGGCGCAUAGGGGCGAGGAUGAGUGUCUACUCGGGGAAAAAAAUGAGACACGAAACCCCCCUUUGCGACUCCUGAUCUGUGGAUGAAGGGGCUUGUGUCUUGUCUGUCCCUCUUUUUCUCUGUCGCCCUCCCUCUGCCCUGGGCCACAUCGCAUCACCCUGCCCAUCGCCCCCAGAAACCCCAUUUCUCAUCUGCGUCUCCUUUAUAAGUAACGUUGGAACUUACAAUAAAAACGGAACUGAGUGCCA